GGCGGGGAGGGGCAGUAUCUAGCGGAUGAUUCUUUCCAGAGAAAUAGAUUGAAUUAACUUACUUGGUCAGAAAUGCGGCAGGCCUAGUGCCUGCUUACAGAUCCAGAAUGCAUUGAGCCAGGCCGGACACAAGCAGUCUGGAGAGAGACCCAUAAAUGAGCAGGCAAUUGUAGCAGUGCAGAAUGGCUGACCUCAGUCUUGCAGAUGCGUUAACGGAGCCACCUCCAGAAAUUGAGGAAGAGAUCAAGUGCGACUUCAUGGCCACCCUGGAGGCAGAGGCCUAUGAUGAUGUUGUAGGGGAAACUGUUGGAAAAACAGACUAUAUUCCUCUCAUGGAUGAUGACGAGAAGACUGGGAACUCAGAGUCAAAGAGGAAACCAUGCUCGGAUACCAGCCAGGUUGAAGGUACUUCAUCUUCUAAACCAACCGUGCUAGCCAAUGGUGACCAUGCCAUAGAAGGGAACAAUACUACAGGGUCUCCAACCCAAUUCCUGGAAGAGACGAUGGCCUUCCAAGAAUAUGAGAACAGCCAGAACUGGCCAGAAGAUGCAGACUUUUGUUUCCAGCCUGGGCAAGUGGUGAACCCUAUCCAGACUGAUCCCUUUAAGAUGCACCAUGAUGACAGUCUGGCAGAUCUGCUCUUUGUUUCCAGUGGAACAACAAAUGCUCCAGCGUUUAUGGGGCAAAAUGAUCCCCAAGAGGACAGUUAUGGUAUGUCUUCCUGUGAUACAUUUAGUCCUGCCAGUAUUGCACCUCAGGGAUGGUCUAUACCAGCCCCAAACUCUGCACAGUCGGAAUCCUUUGUUUCCCCAAAGGAGUUUGGGGAACCUCCACAGCUGGCCAGAGAGCUGGCCAAGGAGAUAGAAUUGGCAUCAGUAGAAGACCAACCACUGAUAACAGCAUUGGAUAUGAUGACAGGACAGAAGAAAACUGACAUGGCACCAUCUAGAGAAACAGAGGUGGCGCUGGCCGACAUCAUGGCACCAGCCACAGAAACUAAAGUGGCUUCUGCUAAAGAUACAAAACAGCCCACCAAACUGGACGUGGCAGUAGUCGAGGACACAUGGACAUCCCUUGAAUCAGAUACAUCCCCGGCCAAGCACGUGGCACUGCUCACAGAAACAGAGGCUGCUGCAUUAAAGGACAUCGUACCACACUCAGAAUCAGAUGUGUCUUUGGCCAAGGAUGUGGCUCUACCCACAGAACUGGAAGUGGCCCCGAGCAAGGAUGUGACAGAGAGAGCACCACUUGUACUGAAGGAUUUGGCCCCACAGCAGGACAUGGUUCCACCCACAGACUCAGAGAUCACUCUUGGGAAGGAAGUGAUGUCAUUCUCGGAAAUAGAGGCAGAACUGGCUAAGGACACUGUAUCAUCCAUGGAAAUAUCUCCAGCCAAGGAGAUGGCUUUGUCCUCAGAAGCAGAGGUGGCCCUGGCAAGGGAUGUGGUCCUGUCCCCAGAAGCCCUGGUGGUCUUGACCAAGGAUGUGGCUCUACCCUUGGGAACUGAUGGGGUCUCAGUGAAGGAUGUGGCUCCACCCCUAGGAACAGAGAUGGGCUUGGGCAAGGGUAUGACUUCACCCCUAGAAACAAAGGUGGGCCUGGGCAAGGAUAUGGCGCUCCUCCAAGAGACGGAAAUGGCCCCAAGCCACCAAGAAACAGAGGUGGCUUUGGGCAAGGAUGUGGUUCUGCCACCAGACACAGAGGUAGCCCAAGUAAAGGAUGUGACUCCACUCGUAGAAAAGGUUGCAGUGCUGCCCUCUAGCACAGAUGUGAUACUGGCCAACAAUGUGACCCCAGCCAAGGAUGUCACUACAGCACCCUUAGAAACAGCGGUGGCAGCAGUUCUGAAAGACACGCAAGUGGCACAGAGCCAGGAUGAGCUAAGUGAAGAUCCUCAGCUAGAGUCUCUCCAGAGUGAGGCACAGUCCCCUGCACCUCCUGGCCUGAUUUCAGCAGAACCAUCCAAAGCCCCAGACGAAAAGCACAGCUUGCCAACAGAUGAAGAUUCUGGGUUAGAGAAAUUAGAACAAAAGAAACCACUCAGUAGUCACCCUUCUGAGCCUUCUUCAGCAAUUUCAGGUGCCUCUCCCACACAAGGCAGACAAGUUUGCAGACCCAGUGACCACAGGGCAGCCCGGCCCAGGCCUGCCAGGGUCCUUCCUGAGCUGCUGGGGGGCUCUUCUCCUUGGAAGACUCUUGAGCCCAGGCUGGGCCCUGGCCCUUGGGCUGAGUCAGAUUGGGUCUCUCGCUCUUCUUUCUGUGGUGAGCCUGGGAGCCAAAAGAAGAGUGUUCACACUGACUGCCCUGAACCCCAGAGGGAUCUUGGCAGGGACACCUGGGAUACAGAAAGCACCCCAGGGAUGAUGAAGAAAAAGAAGAAGAAACCAAAGCAAAAGAGAUAUUCUCAACCCCGGGCAGGGGGACCCUGGGAUGACGACAGCAUGGAUGAGCCUAGAAGUCACCCCUCUGCUUCUGGACCCCAGGAACCUGGGGUCCUCGCCAGCCAGUCUCCCACACUGAGCCCAGAAUAUGGAUUUGUUGCUAAAGAAAACAGGAGAAGGAAGCAUAUGCUUGACUCCAGAGCAGCUAGACAGAGAGGUGAGAAUGUCAUCUCAGAGAGUCUUAGCGCUCCUUCAUGUCCAGAAGAACCUCCAGCAACUACAGUUAGUGCUGAGCCUAAACUAAGAGUAGAGGAAGAGGGAAAAGAUAACAGUUUGGCGCUGAAGAGCCAGGAUAAGAAAUUGCCACAGCAUGAUGAAUACAAGCCAAAGCCUGUACCCCUCCUGAAGACUGUGGAUAAAAGCCAGACAGGAGGCCUUGCUGGUCUGGAAGGACCCCUGACAGAGGUUCCUAUGCACGCAAUGGCAUCUUCUUCGGAGACCAGACCCAAAGAGGAUGUGACCUGCUCUCCUGUCUUGGAACAGAAGGUUAUGGGUGGAGCUUCAAAACCCAUAGCAAUGAGAGAAAUGCCUACUAUUGCAGCCACAUUGACAAGUAACCCACUAGAAAAUAGUCUAAAAGAAGGGAAUGAUGGAAGUAAGAUGACUCAGCUGCAAGACGUCAAACAGGAAGAGUCUUCAGAAGGAGUCAAAGAGGUUAAAGAACUAGAAAAGGAAGUGCUUCCUAAGCCAAGAGAAGAAAUCAGCAUCUUUGCUUUUGAACAAGCACAUGGCCAAAUGUUAGGUCAGGCCUCUGGGCGAGGAAAUGAGCCAUUGAAGAGAGCGACAGGUGAUAGCAAAGGCAAGAAAGGGCGGGGAAGUUCUGGAAGAGUGAGGGGGUGUUCUGGGAAGAUGAGAGCAAAACCAGAGGUGCCAUUGCCUCUGGACUGUGGCAAGGAUGGAAGGGCUGUUCUGGGGCCCAGUGAGCCUGUCCCCAAGACCGAAAGGGUGACUGCUGAGGAGAAGAGAUCAGGGCUGGGGUUGAGUUCUUCAAAGCUACCAGCGACUGUGACUGGUCUCCCCGAAGCAGGGGUGGCAGGGGAGCCCAAGGAGAUGACCAGCCCGAGGGUAGGAAGUGCCAUGCAGGCCCUGAGUCCCCUAGAAAAUGGAUCAAGCUUGACUCAGCCUUGUGAUGGCAUAGAAAGAGGAGCCACAGUAAAAAAUGUAGGCUUCACUAAUCAGAGCAAGGAAGAAAAGUGGCCUUGGGUGGCCUGUGAGUCGACUCCCCAGAUUUCUGAAAAGCCUAGAAAGAGAGAUAAUGAAGGCAAAACCAAAAAGUUUAAAAAUAAUUAUCCCAUACAGCCUACUAGAAUAGAGGACAAAGAGGAAAUCCUCACCCCAUCUUUUGUAGGGAAGGAUGGAGACAGUACUUGUAGUAUUUCCCUGAUGGGCCUCGUUUUCCCCAAAGCGCCAGACCCUGUGUUCUCACAUACAUCAGAUGCACCCGUGGUAGAAGUAGUUGACAGAAAGGGUAAGAAUGUUGAGGGUAAUUCAGUUGAACUUGGGGCUCUCAAGGGGAGUAAAACACACACAAGCAAGGAUUCUGCUGUUAUUGACCCAGCUCCCAGGGUGACAGAUGUGAGCUGCGCAGACCAAGCCCAGGUGGCAGGAUUUGUUCCCUUAGUAGUGUGUGAGGAGAACAAGACCCAUGCAGCCAAGGGCCACACAGCAGUGGCUGACAAACCAAAUAACAGGAAUAAUGAUGGAAAAAAUAAAAAGAUUAAAAGUAGUUUGCCCGAGGAGCACAUUCUGGAGAAUAAGAUAGAUACAGCAAAAAUACAUGUUCCCAUGGAAACCUCGGGGAACCACAGAAUGGAAGGAAUGGAUUAUGUGGAUGAAAACAGAAAUAUUACAUUUACCUGUCCUGGCACAUUCUCAGGGCUACUAUCUAAGUCAGCUCCUCCACAGAUUCUGGAGUCAGCACUCUGUGAAAAGCUGCCCCAUCCUGUUUCUCCAGUAGUAAAGGAAGGGGAUUCCUUACCAGACACUUUGGCAAAAAGUGGACAAGAAAUAACCCCGGCCCCGAAGUCCACAUUAUUAGAAGAUAGCUGCAAGAAAGAUGGAGUCCCACGGCAAGAAAGACCCAAGGCCCCCUCUGCUGUUAUGCCCUCUAGAAGCAGAGCAGGAGAUGUCCCACUUUCCACAGCAGCCAUGGAAACAGUUAACAGUCAUGGAGAUCCCUGGCAAAAGAAUAAAGGUGAGCUUGAUGAUCCCAUGAAAAAUGAAGCAGGGGCAGAUGAGGGGCGAGUGGUAGGAGAAUCUGAGUCGGGACACCACGAUGCCUCUCAGUGCUCAGUUGGGCAAACUGCAGAGCCAGCAACACGAGGUCACCUUCUUACUGAAGUGCCUGCAGACGAGAGCCUGCCAGGAGAGGCCCGAGGCCUAGGAGCAAAGGCAGACAGGGGUGGCUCCCCAGCAUCUCCAGUGAACCCAGAGCAGGUAACUGAGAGAGGCUCUGUUCCAGCCCAGGUUCCUGACUCAUUGGGAGACAAAGCACAAAAACUCAACUUCUGUGAGGACCAAAAUGCUAAAGGUAGAGAUCCCAGGGCCUCAGAUAGUGUGGAGAAGGAGGUAGAUUUGACUGUUUUGCCUCCAAAAGGUGAAAAGGAUAAAUCAAAAGUAAGUAGCCCAGCUUGUAAAGUCACAGAAUUGGAAUGUGUUUCCCGGCCAACACCAGAGCUCCAUUCCAGUUUCUCAUGUGUCACAGUUGAAGUUCCUCCUGCAGAGAUGGAUGAUGAGUUAGUAAUGACUGCUUCUAAGGGUCUCCAGCUCCCAGCACUCAAAGAUAACAUUGUAGAAGCACCUCAGAAAAUGACAGAAAAAUUGGAGCCAAAGACACUGUCCAAAGAGGGAAGGGAAGAUAAAGGCAGAACAGCAGAACCAAUGAAAGGCUACAUGAGACCUACCAAAUCCCGAGGAUUUACUCCACUUUUGCCAAAGUCUGCAGUCCAGGAACGAGAGAGAUCCAGGCAAACAAAGUCCAUUGGAAUAGCCAGGCCAGAAGAAGGAAAGGCGGUGGCAGUGAGUGUGACCGGAAAUGACAUCUGUACUCCACCAAACAAGGAGCUCCCACCAAGCCCGGAGAAGAAAACCAAGCCUUUGGCCACCAUUCAACCUGCAAAGACUUCAACAUCGAAAGCCAAAACACAGCUCACUCCUGUCCCUAAGCAGCCAGCUCCCACCACCUCUGCUGGGGUGAAUAAAAAACCCAUGAGUCUUGCUUCAGGCUUAGUACCAGCUGCCCCACCCAAACGCCCUGCCGCUGCCACUGCCAGGACUUCUACCUUAUCUGCGAGAGAUGCAAAACCAAAGCACAUUGCAGAGGCGAAGGUUUCUGAGAAGCAGGGCUUGCCGUCCAAGCCCGCCUCAGCCCCGGCCCUCAGACCUGGACCCAAGAGCACCUCAGCCACUCCAAAGGUCACAUCAGCUGCUGCUCCUGCCUCCAUGGGGCCAAGCAGUAGAAGCCCCCCAGUGCCGGCGUCCAAAAGGCCUGCUGCUAUUAAGACUGAGGGCAAACCUGCAGAUGCUAAGAAGACAGUGGCGAAGUCUGUGCCAGCUGACUUGAGUCGCUCCAGGAGCACCCCUACCAGCUCUGUGAAGAAAACCACCACUCUCGCAGGGGCAACCCCCACGGCCGCAGUGGCCCCGACUCGAGUCAAGCCCACCCCGCUUUCCCGGCCCUCCGCGUCUCCUUCCCUGGACAAGAAGCCUGCCGCUGCCAAGCCCAGCACCUCGGCCCCCAAGCUGAGCCGCCCAGCCACUGCAGCCCCUGCCCCCGAUCUGAAGAAUGUCCGCUCCAAAGUGGGCUCCACGGAGAACAUCAAGCACCAGCCUGGAGGAGGCCGGGCCAAAGUAGAGAAAAAAACAGAGGCGGCUACUACAGCUGGAAAACCUGAACCUAAUGCAGUCACUAAAACAGCUGGCCCCAUUGCGAGUGCACAGAAAUCGCCUGCUGGGAAAGUCCAGAUAGUCUCCAAAAAAGUGAGCUACAGCCAUAUUCAGUCCAAGUGUGGUUCCAAGGACAAUAUUAAGCAUGUCCCUGGAGGUGGGAAUGUCCAGAUCCAGAGCAAGAAGGUGGACAUCUCCAAGGUCUCCUCCAGGUGUGGUUCCAAGACGAACAUCAAGCAUAAGCCGGGUGGAGGAGAUGUCAAGAUUGAAAGCCAGAAGCUGAACUUCAAGGAGAAGGCCCAGGCCAGGGUGGGCUCCCUGGACAACGUGGGCCACCUGCCUGCGGGAGGCACCGUGAAGACUGAGGGCAGUGGCAGCGAGGCCCCUCCGUGUCCAGGCCUCCCUGCUGGGGAGGAGCCGGCCAGCUCUGAGGCUGCGCCCAACACUGGCGCCCCCGCUCCAGCCAGUGGCCUCAAUGGCCUCACCACCCUGUCAGGGGGUGGUGACCAAAGGGAGGCCCAGACCUUGGACAGCCAGAUCCAGGAGACAAGCAUCUAAUGAUGACAUUCUGGUCUCGUCUUCCGUCUCCCCCGUGUCCCUCCUGUCUCCCUCACUCCCUCCCCUCCCCUCCUCCCGUGUCCCUGCAGAUUGAGACCUACAGGCUGACGUUCCGGGCAAAUGCCAGGGCCCGCACCGACCACGGGGCCGACAUUGUCUCCCGGCCCCCUCACUUCCCUGGC